UACACAGCGAAUGGUCAAGACUUCGCUUCAUAAACAGUGCAACAGAAGUAUGUAUACAUAAACAAAUAGAUAUGAAAUGAAAUAUUGCAUAUUAGUACAUGGAAAUAUGAGAGAGAUGUCAGAUGUGGGAGACAGCAGGAUGGAGGAUCUCCCUUCCCUUUCUCCUGCGGGAGAUGAAACUGGUGAAUAUUACUUUGAGUCAGAUCCUCUGGCUCUGAAGGGCAACCCAGACUACCAGCUGCUCAUGAAGACUUUAGUCAGGCUUCAGGCCCAAAGGAGCAAGGCAGUUCGGCUCUCUGACUGUCACCAUCGUAACAUUCUCUUGUUGUCUACCUCAUCCACUGAGCUGGACACUUAAUCAUUUGUACAUGGACAUGGAACGAUUGCAAGAAAUGCGUGAACAGGCACUUCGCGAUCCCCUGCAUUUUGUGACUGCCCUCCAGAACGGUGAAAACCUAAAUCUUCCAGGGCCCCAGGAGAUUGUGCAGAUACCACACAUUGACUGGGAAAAAUACAAUGUCCAGUCGAUCAUGCAGGGUAUGAGGCCCAAGACAAGGAAACGCAUCUUGCAGGAGAGUCAGCAGACCCAUCCAGACAGCAAAGAACCAGCCUGCUCAGACAAGAUCAUGGUGCGAGGUCGUAUCUACGAUGAGAGUAAACCCCAGACAUUUAACCAGUCAUGGACAGAUGAAGAGCAACGCAAAUUGGAAGAGCUUCUAAUUAAAUACCCAGAUGAAACUAUAGCCUCCCAUCGGUGGGUUAAAAUAUCCAAUGAACUUGGAACCCGAACACCUCUUCAAGUUCAGAGUCGAGUGCAGAAAUACUUCAUUGCCCUGAAACGAGGUGGAUUACCUGUUCCAGGUAGAAAUCCACGAACAGCUGUAUUAAGAAAACAGGGUGCACGCAGGCGGUCAGUCCUCCAUGCAGUGACACCUAAUCGGUCCUCAAACUUUAUGAAAGCUUUUGACAUGUAUGAAGAUGAGAAGGACUCCAUCCCCUCAGAUGUUUUAAACUAUGUAUCUCAAGGAUAUUUAGACGAAGUUUCGGAUGAAGAGGAUUUGUCAGAAGAAUUGAGGAAUAGUGAAGAAUACCAAGAGUUGCUUAGACUGAAGCAGGUCCAGAGGUACAAACAGAAAGAAUUGGAUACUGGCGUUAUAGUUCACCCAGGCUUCAGUUGUGAUGUAUGUGGAGUAGACCCCAUUAAAGGACCUCGAUGGCACUGCGUCCAGUGUCCAGCAACCACAAGUGUCGAUCUCUGCGAGAAAUGUGUGAAAACUGACUUCUCAACUGACAGUCAUCAGCCAAGUCAUGUUCUGCAGUGCUUCAAAGCCCUCUGUGUUAGAGACACUGUUGUAUCUCAGAACUAAGUUAUAGUUCCAGCUGUAUCAUGAUUCACGAAAUAAAAGUUUAUUUUUGUAUUA